UGCUGCUUCCUACAUAGGCAGAAAAUCACGCUAAAGGCAUGAUAUAUGUAUUAUAACAAGAGCGAAUUCUUGGUGCGAGUACCAGUCCAGCAUCCAUACUCAAUUCUUUGAAAGGCUCUUCAAUUUACCUGGAUUUCUCCAAUGAACAAUCAACUUGUCUCUUCUUCUUCUUCUUCGUUCAGCAGUCCUCCUUCGUGGAAGUACGAUGUCUUUUUGAGCUUUAGAGGAGAGGAUACACGAACCAAUUUUACAGAUCACUUUUACAAGGCGUUGGACGACAAGGCAAUCAACACGUUCGUUGAUCGCCAGCUUAGAAGAGGAGAAAAAAUAUCUCCGGCUCUUCUCGAGGCAAUUGAAGAGUCGAGAAUUUCAAUCAUUGUAUUCUCUGAAAACUAUGCAUCGUCAAGAUGGUGCUUGGAAGAGCUCGUACGUAUCCUUGAAUGUAAAAAGUCAAGGAAGCAAAUUGUUUUGCCAGUUUUUUACAAAGUGGAUCCGUCCGAUGUACGAAAGCAAACGAGUAGUUUUGGUGACGCGUUUACAGAAAAGUUCAAAUUCGAAGACAACAAGGAGAAGAUCCUCACAUGGAGGAGUGCUCUUACAGAUGCAGCAAAUUUGUCAGGAUAUACUUUCAAAGAGGGAGAGUAUGAAGCUACAUUUAUCAGUCAGAUCGUGAACGAGAUCCUAGUCCUUGUACUACAAGGCCCGCAUUUGAAUGUAGCCAAGUACCAAGUUGGAAUGGAGUCUUGUGUAGAAAAGGUGAAAAAGCUUUUAGAUGUCGGUGGAAAUGAUCCGUGUGUGGUUGGGAUUUGGGGGGCAUCUGGAAUCGGCAAGACAGAAGUUGCAAAAACUGUUUAUAAUGCAAUUGCUUAUAAGUUUGAAGGUAGUUGUUUCCUGGCAGAUGUUCGAGAAAAGUCAAUGCAAUGCGAAGGCCUACUCCAACUACAAAAGACUCUUCUAAGGGAGAUUGGUGGUCCAGAGUGGAAAGUUGACAAUCCUCACCGAGGAAACAGACUUAUAGAGAAACUGUUGAGGCGAAAGAAGAUUCUCUUAAUUCUUGAUGAUGUGGGUGAACUGGAGCAGUUAAACAACUUGGUUCAAGUUGAAUGGCUCGGUGAGGGUAGCAAAAUGAUCAUAACCACAAAAGAUAAAGGAUUGUUGAAUUGUUAUGACGUUGAGUUGAUAUAUGAGGUCCAAAAGUUAGAAGACGACAAGGCUCUUGAGCUCUUAAUUUGCAAUGCCUUCGGACAAAAAGAACCUUCAAAUGAUUAUUUGAAACUCGCACGACGUGCAAUAGCAUAUGCUCAAGGCCAUCCGUUAGCACUUAAACUUAUGGGUUGUUAUCUACGCAAUAAAAGUACAGAUAGUUGGCAUGCUAUGUUGGAUAGUUGUGAUUCAUACGGAGGAGAACCUUAUACAGGUAUUCAAAGAAUACUUCGAAAAAGUUAUGAUGCCUGGGAUUAUGUUGUGCAACAAGUUUUCCUCGACAUUGCAUGCUUCUUCAAGGGCAAACAUAAAGACUAUGUGUACAAAUAUUAAGAAGUUUGAAUCUCUAUCUACCUCCAGAUUGUCUUGAAGAACUCAUUGAUAAAGCCAUCAUAACUAUUGAAGAUAAUAAGAUUUUAAUGCAUGACUUACUAGAAAAAAUGGGUAAGCGUAUAGUUUAUGAAGAAUCACCCAAUGAACCAGGCGAGCGGAGUAGAUUGUGGCAUCAUGAAGAUGUGUACCGUGUUCUAACUGAAAACAUAGGAACAAGGAAAAUUAAAGGCAUUGUGGUGAAGUUCCCCAAGCCGUCUGUGAUACCCUUGAAUGCAAAAAGCUUUUUCGAGAUGGUAAAUCUUGAAAUUUUUAUAAGUCGUAAUGCACACUUUUCUGGAUGCAUUGAGUAUCUACCCAACAAUUUGAGGUGGAUUGAUUUCGGUAGAGAUAAGAUUCAAGGCUGGGGAUCCAAUAUUCUCUUCCAAAGCAUAUACUUGCAUUCAAUUUGCAAUCCAAUUGUCAUCUAAGGCAUGUUGUCACGUUUAUUAUGCCAAACAGUGACAUCUCACAAUUGAAGGUAUUUCAGAAUUUGGCAAUGCUUACAUCUUUGAAUUUAAGUGGUUCCGAAUUCUUAGAAAAAUUCCCAACUUAUCCGGAAGUCCAAACCUAAGGGAGUUGAUUCUAGAUGAGUGUAAACGUUUAGUUGAAGUUGAUGAUUCUGUUGGAUUCCUUGAUAAACUUGAUACAUUAAGUCUUUAUGGGUGCUCUAGGCUUGAGAGAUUUGCGACGAGACUUAGAUUGAGAUCCCUUCAAAACCUUAAUCUUGGUGGUUGUACAAGGCUCAAGAGUUUCCCAGAAAUAGAGGUCGAGAUGGAAUCUCUACAGAAUUUGUACAUAGAAGAAAGUGGCAUAAGAGAAUUGCCUUCAUCAAUUGCAUAUCUUAUUGGGCUUCAUGAAUUGUGGGCAAGUAAUUGUGAGAACCUUACAGGUACAUCAUUACAUCACAUUUAUGGGUUGCAACAUCUCUUCAGUAUUCAAAUGAAUGGAUGCCCAAAACUGGUGACAUUUGGGAAGUUUUCAACUCGCUUAGAUACUUCACAUUACAACGGUAUCCCAUUAGCCCUUUUCAGCGUAGGCUGCCUUGAUCUUGAAGGAUGCAAAUUAUCAGAAAGUGAUUUCCUUGUGCCUCUUCAAUAUGAACCAUCCAGUCUUCAUUGCUGGUCAACAUUAAGAUGGCUUAAUCUGUCGAGAAACAAUUUUGUUAGUCUUCCGGAUUGCAUUAGCAAAUUUGUCAACUUGAAAACACUUUAUUUGACUGGUUGCAAGAGGCUUCGGGAAAUUCCACAUGCCCUUCCACCAAAUCUAAGGGAAUUAUAUCUGGAUGAUUGCACAUCAUUGGAGAAAAUUCCAAAGUUGCCCCCGGGGCUUAGGCGUCUGCGGUUGACUAAUUGCUUUGGAGUAAGUGGCGACGAGGUGGCAAAGUUGGAAAAUAAUUUGUUGAACUUGAAUCAGGAAUCUCCUCGAUGCUCUCAAUUGGUAGUUACGUAUCCAGGCGAUGAAGUUUCAAAGUGGUUCAGCUAUACCUCUAAACAUCCAACAGCCACUAGGAUUGAAAGUGUACGAAAUGAUGCAAGGCAACUUGAUUAUGUUGGAGGUAGUGAAUUUAGUUUUGAAAUUCCUCUAAAUUUACAGGAGAGGGAGACGUUGUUAGGAUUGGCUCUAUCUUGUGUUUUCCACCUUUAUCAGAAUUGGGAUAUGAUUCCACUUGUCGUAUUCAAAUCAACGAAGCAAGUGAUUAUCAACAAUUUGAGCAGUUGAGGAAAGGCGUGGAGACAGCUCAUGUGGGGCUCAUGUUAGUGGAUUUAGAAGAGAAAAAGAAGCAGGGAGAUAUUUGUAAAGUUAAAUUUCAACUCUCCGCACGGGCACCCAUUAAAAUCUGCGGGGUGCACCCCUUAUUCCGCAAAGAAUAUGAACGGCUUCCCUUGUCUUUGGGACCAACGAGUAGUCUUGGAUCCUCAGAUAUCGUCGAUGAUGAAUAUGAUCGGCAACAACAAUGGCCUUUCUUAUCUUCGAACCCAGCGGAUGAUCAUCCGAAACGCACGCAGAUUCAUCACAAUGUUCCUUCUGAUAUUGAGGAGCAAGAGCAACCGUCCAUAAUUUCUGAUUUACUAGGAGUUUGGGGCGCACGCAUUAAAAGUUUCGGGGAGCACCCACUAUUGCGCAAAGAAGACGAAUGGCUUCCCUUGUCUUUGGGACCAACAAGUAGUCUUGGAAAGAGGCCUCGUCCACUUGGAUCCUCAGAUACCGUCCACGAGGAAUAUGAUCGGCAACGACAAUGGCUUUCCUUAUCUUCGAACCCGGCGGAUGAUCAUCCGAAACGCAGGCAGAUUGAUCUUAAUGCUCCUUUUGAUAUUGAGGAGGAGCAAGAGCAACCAUCCAUUUCAGAUGACUCACAAUUUUUUCUUCAUUAGGAGUUUGG